GCUAUAGUUAACCUUCAGAACAAGGUGUUCAAGAAGCAAGGAUUUGAUAAAUCUAUACGAUUUCAAGGGACCCUCGAAACAGAUGGAGUUGGUAUAUCAGUCAUAAAACAAAAUAUGGAUACCAACAGAAAGACAUCCAAAGCAAAGAAUACAACAAAGGUUACUGUUGAUCAAACAGAGUAUAUAAAGAAGGUUAGCCAAUCAGACUUGAGAAGAACUGGAGGAAGCUGCGUUCUUAUAGAUCCUGGAAGACGUGAUCUUAUGUAUUGUCUUAAGGAAAAUAGUAAAACAGAAGAUAAGCAAACUUUGAUAUAUACAAAGAUGAAUGGAACAAAAAUGCAAAGAAAUCUCAGACUUUUGAGAAAAAAAACAAAACUUGUAAUUAUCAAGGCUGCUGAGGUGGUUUUGUCAAAAAUCGAAUCCUUUUCAGUAAGGAUAAAAAGCUAUUCCGACUAUAUCAAAGAAAGAGCAUCUAUCGAUAUUCUAUUAAGAGAGUAUUAUGGGAACGAAACUUACAAUACAACACAAUUAUAUUUUCCUGAUUCGUGCUUUAUAUUCAAAGUGACCAACAAAGGUGAAUUGUAUUUUGGGAAUUUGUAUGUGACAAGAAUUCGAGGCUACUACCCCCAAGCCCAAGCUUCUCCUGAUGAUUUUACUAAUUUUCAAAUGUAUGCUACUUAUUUGGAUAUUAUGAUGCAACAAAAUCAUAUGAAAAAACGUUUGAAUAACACAGAAAAAGCAGAAAUACUUAAAAUUAUGUUAGAAACAGGCCAAGUGGAUUUAUUGAGGAAUCGUGCAAGCCAACUUUUAGAAAAGCUACAGAUUUUGCCAUGCCGUAAAAUAAGUUUUCUAGCAGAUUAUACUUUGAUAAAAAUGAUGCUCAAUUAG